GCUAGUAUCAGGAGCUCGAAGCAGCGCGGAAUUCGCAGCUCUCCUUCCAAGCCUUCCAAGCUCCGGAAAAAGGCGGCCAAAGGCCUUGGCGCCAGCCCCUCGAGCAGCAAGACUGACCAGGCCGCCUCCAGCACGUCCCUGGACACAGAGGCUUUGGCGGGAGCUGCGCCUUCGUCGGUGAUGAUGGCUGACUGGGAGAUUGCCCCUGGCAGGAUACAGGUAGGCUCGGGGGCCAACGCGGAGAAUGUCGCCUUCUCCUCAUCCUUCCUUGCGCAGGGCCGGACGGUCCCCGUUGUAGACGGCGCAACGUUCCAGGUGCUGGAGAUCGAGCCGGGAGCAAGUGUGCGGUGGGCGGCUGAGGAGUCCAAAAGCCGGCUCUGCUCUGUCGCUCGAGGCAUCAUCCGCGUCAGUCUGCCGGACACCGAGUUCCCCAUCGGCCCGAACGGCAUGUGGAAGGUCAAGCAGGGUGUGUCCUGCACCGUGGUGAACCCAUUCUAUUUGGGUGCUGUUGUCCAUGUCACCACUAUCGGGGAAGAAUGGUCUUGAUGCCGCCAGGAGCCAGCCGUACCGCUACCCUCAUUCUCUUCAGCAUCUCGACCACCUUGCUCGGUCCCUGCGUGGACAUAGGGCGACGGGAUGCUCCGUAGUGUAAUCGAUUCAAUCCCC